AUCGUGAGCAGACGGCGUGUGAGCGUCACAGAGAAGCAGCCCAGGCCUCGUCCUCUUCCUCGGGUGGAUUCUUCUUCCGUCCGCGUCCGGCCGUCGGUCAGUACGUGCCCAGCUGUGACGCUUACGGUGCUUACGAACCCCUGCAGUGUCACGCCAGCGUGGCUCAGUGCUGGUGCGUCGACUCGUCAGGACAGGAGCUUCCCGGAUCCAGAGCCCAACCGAGCAGCAGACCCAUGUGUCUUGAUCACAAUGUGGCUCCGCCCCUCAUUGGCCCCACCCCCAGAGCCGACAUCAGUCCUCUGACUCCUGGAGCAAGCCUCUUAUUCACUCAAAGCGGCAGGAUCGACCACAUCCCGCUGGACGGCAACCGGAUGAUGAAAGACGAGGCGAAGACCGUUCUGCACGAACCUGGUAAAGUGCUGAUCGCGGUGGCGUUCGACUGCGUGGAGCAGAUGAUCUACUGGUCUGAUAUCACACAACCCUCCAUCAGCAGAGCCAAGCUACAGGGAGGAGAAACCUCUGUCCUCAUCAGCAGAGAUCUGGGCAGUCCUGAGGGAAUCGCCAUCGAUCACAUGUCCAGAAACAUGUACUGGACCGACUCCGUACUGGACCGCAUCGAGGUGUCCCGAUUGGACGGAAGUCAGAGGCGUGUCCUCUUUGACGAUGACCUCACCAACCCACGACCAAUCAUCGCUGACCCCGCCUUCGGAGACCUGUUCUGGUCCGACUGGAACCGUGACGGGCCCAAGAUCGAGCGCUCCGGUUUGGACGGCAGCGACAGGACGGUGCUGGUGCGGGACGGGCUGGGGCUGCCUAACGCUUUGACCUUUGACCCCCAGAGCAGGCGGCUCUGCUGGGCGGACGCAGGAACCGGUCAGGUGGAGUGUGUCGAUCCGGUCUCUCGUCUCAGGAGGAAACUGACCGAAGGGAUUCAGUAUCCCUUCUCCAUCGUGUCUUACGGCAGAAACCUCUACUACACCGACUGGAGGAGGGAAGCAGUGGUUGCUAUGGACCGUCAUGAUGGGAUGGAGGUGGAGGAGUUUCUUCCUCAGAGACGUUCACGUACAUACGGCAUCGCUAUCACUUACCCACAAUGCCCUGCAGGCGAGAACUACUGCUCUCGUGAUAACGGAGGCUGCUCUCAUCUCUGUCUGCCGCGGCCGGGCGGAUUCACCUGCCGCUGUCCCGACGCCAGAGACGGCUCGUGUGUCGAGCGGGACGAGAAUUUCUGAGGUUCCGUGAGACUGAGAGACACUGAGAACCGAGGAGGGAAUGAUUUGUGUUCCUUAUGGCUCGGGUGGAGACAGUCAAUACAGUAGGGAUGCACUCGAUAUAUUCAUAUCGCAUCUGCCACUAUCAGUGUCCGUCGUCAUUGUGUCAGUCCGAUGAGGCUGAUAAUAGACACAAGAUAAUAUCAGGGAUUCACUUUUCUCAAAGUCUUUCGAAAGUACUGAAGAGUUCCGUGUGGAAGCUUGUUUUCGUCACAGGAUAAAACAUUUGAAAGGU